GGCACUGAUGGAGACAAGGAGGGGAGAGAAAGGCAAACCUCGCAGCCAAUGAGCCCUGCCAGGCUGGGGUGAAGACUAGAGGAGAGGGAUCUGAGGGGAAAAAAAUAAGAAAAAGAAAAAGAAGAAAGGAGGGGAUCGUCCUCCCCGCUUCCUCCGCCAGCAUCAGCACCACCGUUGGCUGCUCCGAGGCUCCCCUCGCGCCCAUGCCCGAGCCGCCCGCUUCGUGCUAGGGGCUGAAUCGCAGGGGCUGAAGAAAAUGGGGCAGAGCGCGCCCCGGACCCUGCUGCUGCUGCUGCUGCUGCUGGCGGGGCUGCUGGGGGAGGCUCGGGGAGGAUUCCCCAAUACCAUCAGCAUCGGUGGACUUUUCAUGAGGAACACUGUUCAGGAGCACAGCGCGUUUCGAUUUGCAGUGCAGUUAUACAACACGAACCAAAACACUACAGAAAAGCCCUUCCAUUUGAACUAUCAUGUAGAUCACUUGGACUCUUCCAACAGUUUUUCAGUGACAAAUGCUUUCUGUUCACAGUUUUCCAGAGGAGUUUAUGCCAUUUUUGGAUUCUAUGACCAGAUGUCAAUGAACACACUGACAUCAUUUUGUGGAGCCCUUCACACAUCCUUCGUCACACCCAGCUUCCCAACAGAUGCAGAUGUGCAGUUCGUCAUCCAGAUGCGGCCAGCAUUAAAAGGAGCCAUCUUGAGUCUCUUAACCCAUUAUAAGUGGGAAAAGUUUGUGUACCUCUAUGACACUGAACGGGGAUUUUCCAUUCUCCAGGCAAUUAUGGAAGCAGCAGUUCAGAACAACUGGCAAGUGACAGCCAGAUCUGUAGGAAGCAUAAAGGAUGUUCAAGAAUUCAGAAGAAUUAUAGAGGAGAUGGACAGGCGACAAGAAAAAAGAUACUUAAUUGACUGUGAAGUAGACAGAAUAAACACCAUUUUGGAACAGGUUGUAAUCCUUGGCAAACAUUCUCGAGGCUAUCACUACAUGUUAGCUAACCUGGGUUUCACAGACAUUGUGCUGGAGAGAGUAAUGCACGGAGGUGCCAAUGUUACUGGAUUUCAGAUAGUUAAUAAUGAAAACCCAAUGGUUCAACAGUUUCUACAACGCUGGGUGAGGCUCGAUGAAAGGGAAUUCCCAGAAGCCAAAAAUUCACCAUUAAAGUAUACGUCUGCACUGACCCAUGAUGCAGUCCUAGUCAUAGCAGAGGCUUUCCGUUACCUGCGAAGGCAGCGUGUUGAUGUCUCCAGGAGAGGUAGUGCCGGAGACUGCCUUGCUAACCCUGCAGUACCAUGGAGCCAAGGAAUUGAUAUAGAAAGAGCGCUGAAAAUGGUGCAGGUUCAAGGAAUGACAGGGAACAUCCAGUUCGACACCUAUGGGCGGAGAACAAAUUACACAAUUGAUGUGUAUGAAAUGAAGGCUGCUGGAUCAAGGAAGGCUGGUUAUUGGAAUGAAUAUGAAAGAUUUGUGCCAGCAUUAGAUCAGCUGCCCUCUAAUGACACUUCAUCUGUGGAGAACAGAACUAUAGUAGUCACUACCAUCUUGGAAUCACCAUAUGUAAUGUAUAAGAAAAACCAUGAACAACUAGAAGGGAAUGAGAGAUAUGAAGGAUAUUGUGUAGAUUUAGCUUCUGAAAUAGCAAAACAUGUUGGAAUAAAAUACAAACUGUCAAUUGUUGGAGAUGGGAAAUAUGGAGCUAGGGAUCCUGAGACUAAGAUAUGGAAUGGCAUGGUGGGUGAACUGGUCUAUGGGAGAGCAGAUAUAGCCGUUGCCCCCCUCACUAUAACAUUGGUGCGAGAAGAAGUCAUAGACUUUUCCAAGCCCUUUAUGAGCCUGGGAAUCUCCAUCAUGAUCAAGAAGCCUCAGAAAUCUAAACCGGGCGUAUUCUCUUUCCUGGAUCCUUUGGCUUAUGAAAUUUGGAUGUGUAUAGUCUUUGCUUACAUUGGCGUCAGCGUAGUUCUUUUCCUAGUCAGCAGAUUCAGUCCUUAUGAAUGGCACUUGGAAGACUGCACAGAAGAGCCACGUGACCCUCAGAAUCCUCCUGACCCUCCAAAUGAGUUUGGAAUAUUUAACAGCCUUUGGUUUUCCCUGGGUGCCUUUAUGCAGCAAGGAUGCGAUAUUUCUCCAAGAUCUCUCUCAGGGCGAAUUGUCGGAGGAGUCUGGUGGUUCUUCACUCUCAUCAUUAUCUCUUCCUACACUGCUAAUCUUGCUGCCUUCCUUACGGUGGAAAGGAUGGUGUCUCCCAUAGAGAGCGCAGAGGAUCUGGCUAAACAAACGGAGAUAGCCUAUGGCACUUUGGAUUCAGGCUCAACCAAAGAAUUCUUUAGAAGAUCAAAAAUUGCCGUCUAUGAGAAAAUGUGGUCGUACAUGAAAUCAGCUGAGCCCUCUGUGUUCACCAAAACCACGGCGGAUGGGGUGGCAAGGGUGCGCAAGUCGAAGGGGAAGUUUGCCUUCCUGCUGGAGUCGACGAUGAAUGAGUACAUUGAGCAGCGCAAGCCCUGCGACACCAUGAAAGUCGGCGGGAACCUGGAUUCCAAGGGCUAUGGUGUAGCCACCCCCAAAGGCUCAGCAUUAAGAACUCCUGUAAACCUUGCAGUAUUGAAACUCAGUGAACAAGGCAUCUUAGACAAGCUGAAAAACAAAUGGUGGUACGAUAAGGGUGAAUGUGGAGCCAAGGACUCCGGAAGUAAGGACAAGACCAGUGCUCUGAGCCUGAGCAAUGUGGCUGGGGUUUUCUAUAUUCUUGUUGGAGGCCUUGGGCUCGCCAUGAUGGUGGCUUUGAUCGAGUUUUGUUACAAGUCUCGGGCAGAGUCCAAGCGAAUGAAACUCACCAAGAACACGCAAAACUUUAAACCUGCUCCUGCCACCAAUACCCAGAAUUACGCUACAUACAGAGAAGGCUACAACGUGUAUGGCACAGAAAGCGUGAAAAUCUAGGGGUACGAGUACAGUUCAGUCAACAAAAAAACUUUUUUUUCUUUAUGCUUUAACUUCCAUGUGUUCUUUUAUUGUAUGCACAAGAGGGCUGCUGUAAAUGGUCUUUAAAAAUGCAGACCGGUGGCAGUCUCUUUUCCAUGGUGUGGGCUAUUGGGGAUUUAAAGUUCUCCCCUGCGCAGAAGCAGGCUCGUCACCAGUCUGCAUUACCAACGGCAAUGGUGGGGUCAUGCUGCAGUGAGGACUCCUCUCCCCAGCAGUCUGCUAUUGCAGUGGCUCACUGAAUCCAAAUAUUUAGUUAAU